UAAUUUCGAAUAAAUAUAUAUUCAAUAUUUAUAUUUUUAUUUAAAACAACAUUAUAAAAUCUGGUUCAGUUUCACGUCGCGUAGUCACAAACGUUAUUUUUUCAACUUCUUACUCAUUCGGGUUUUCCCUUAAAUAAAUAAUUUUUUUUCAAUAUGGUGCAUUGCUCUUACGCGGGGUGUGAAGGAAAAAAACAGCCACGAGGUGGAGAUUCCUUCUUUCUUUUCCCACCACCAGAUGAAAGGAGGUCACUUUGGAUUAGGCAUGGAAGUUGUACCAACUUACCGAAUUGGCCUAUAAAAUCAUAUAUGUGUCACAAGCAUUUCUAUGCUAAGGACAUAAGACACAGAUCUGGGCGAAAAUGUCUUGUCGAUGAUGCUUUGCCAAUAUCGCUCGUCUGUAAUUGUACAGAACUUGUGAAUGACAAAUCGUGCAGUCGAUUAAUGGAUGAAUGGAGGCUCAAAAAAUUGGCUUCGAAAACAACUGCCAAAGCCCCUCGACCACCACGAACAAGAAAACAACCAGCACCAACUACACCAGAACUACCACCAUCUGACCAAUCGCCCUCGACACCAGCCAUUCCGUCUAGCCCAUCUUCAUCGGACAAUUUAGCAAGUACUUCCGCCCAAACAUAUGUUAGGCCCCGUGUUUCGCUACCAUAUGUUUCCCCUUCUGUCCCCAUAACUCAGGAACAGUUCCCAUCCCCACCUCCUCGUCCCAAAGUAGAGCCCAAAAAAAUUAUUAAACGUCCGCCUCCACGAAAGAUUUUUCGCACCCCAAUAAAAAUAAAAAGAAGUCGCGAGUAUAAGUUAGGUGAAGAUUUAGAACAGCAUAUGAAAAACUUCAGCCCGCAACUGAAGACUUUUAUUAAAGCACAGCUUUUCCAUAAAAGUCAUGCACCCUGGGCACCUAAACAAAAAGAUUUAUUUUUAAAUCUUUUUUAUAAGUCCCCAGCGUGUUAUACUUUUAUGCUGAGCGCGGGAUUCAAGCUGCCAUCGGUAAGUAGCGUUUACCGAUGGCAUUCGGAAAUUCGACUUAAAACCGGACUUAACGAAAGCAUAACCGAUAUGCUUUCGAAAAAAUCAAAAGAAAUGACGGACAUGGAUAAAAAAUGUGUACUCCUCUUUGAUGAAAUGGCCAUCAAACCUGAGCUCGAGUACAACAUAAAAGAUGACAUCAUAUACGGAUUUAAUGAUUUUGGAGAGUAUGGUGGAAGAGAAGACAAAAUAGCCUCCAAGGCCAUGGUUUUUACAUUAAGAGGUUUGAAUAAAAAUUGGAAACAAACAAUAGCAUAUUUCAUCGGAUCACCAAAAGGAGAUAUGUUAUGCGAAAUGAUAAAAGGGAUAAUAACAGGUAUCAUGAAAUGCGAUCUCAACAUUGUGGCAACAAGUUGCGACCAGGGAGGUAACAAUCUAAAGGCGUAUAGAUUGUUGAAUGGAACUAAUACCCUAGAGGAGAAACCCUGGGUGGAAAUAGGUAACAAGAAGAUCUUUCUGCUGUAUGAUUAUCCGCAUAUGUUUAAAAGCGUCCGAAACAACCUGCUCAAACAUCAAAUAUGCUAUGGAGAAGACAUUGUUGAUUGGAAGAUCAUUACAAAGUUGUAUAGAGAAGACGUAAAAGGAACAUUUAGAGUUUUCCACAAGCUGACGGACGCCCAUAUAAACCCAGCAAGUUUCCAAAAAUUAAGCGUAAGAUUAGCCACACAGGUUUUUAGCGCUAAUGUUGCCUCUGGCAUUAACUAUGCCAUCACUUCAGGCUGCUUCCAAUCCGAAGCAGAGAAGAAAGUUGCGAGAGAUACGGCCAAUUUCCUCCAAAGAAUGAACAAUCUCUUCGACAAUCUAAACAGUGGUCAUCUUUAUUCGAGAAAUCCAAACAACAAGGCAUUAUCGGAUUCCAACGAAAUUUUAAGCAAUAUAAUUAAUGCCAGAAAAUGGAUAUCCACUUGGACAUUGGUGGGUACAAAAUUUAUUCCACCUUGCUUUAGAGGAUUAAAGCAAACUUUGCUAGGCAUAGAAAUGAUGUGGAAUCAUCAUAAGAGUGAAGAGCAAAGUUACUUCUUAUUAAGCCACCUAAAUACGGAUGCUGCCGAAAAUGUCUUCUCCAUGUUGCGGAAUAAUAGAGGGUCUUAUGAACAAAACCCAUCAGCCUGGAGACUCAUCAGAAACCUGAAACAAAUAAUCUUCCAGCAUUUAUGUUCAGCGGAACAUUCGGGGUAUAAAGAUGCUGCAGCCGAACCCUUACUAAAGGCAGCUGAAUUUGAAGAGCAAAACGACAUAGAACUAGAAAAACUCAAUGAAGAGUAUUCGUUAAAAGAGCAAGUGGCAGAAAAGCUUUUUAGAAAAAAAUUAAAGUAUGUGGUGGACAAUGUGGAUGUUGGCCACACGGACGGUGGUCACAUCAACAUAGAAAAAUUGAAAAAGGUAAUAAGGCGGGAUCACAAUUAUUGCAAAAAAAUGCCUUUGACUGCUGCGGAAGAAGAAGAGGAUGCUGCUUUGGCUGCUGCGGAAGAAGAAGAAAAUCCAGCUUCGCCAGCUGAGGGGGGAGAAGAAGAAAAUCCAGCUUCGCCAGCUGAGGGGGGAGAAGAAGAAAAUCCAGCUUCGCCAGCUGAGGGGGGAGAAGAAAAAAAACCAGCUUCGCCAGCUGAGGGGGGAGAAAAAGAAAAUGCAGAUUCGACUGUUGCGGAGAAACUGCAGAAUGCAGCUGCUGCUUAUUACGCAGGAUUUGCAGCAUAUAAAUUGAAAGAUAAGCUCAAGAGCUGCGAGGUUUGCACUCGGUUUAUGAUUGAAGUGUCGGACGUAGAAAGAAUUAAUACAGUGUUGAUCGGAUUUAGAGCGUUUGAGACUAUCACCAGUACUUCGAAGAGUGGAAAACUAACAGUUCCUUCAAUAGUUUUUGAAGAAACUGUUAGGAGAGUACAAUCAAGAUACUCUUGGGAAGAAUUAGCGGACAUUCACUUCUGCUAUGGUUUAGCUAAUGGUCGAGAUCGAGAAGCCGAAAGACUCUAUGCUGAAAGAUUUCCCAACAGGAGGUGUCCUAGUCGUGGGACCUUUUCCAGAACCCACCGAAUACUGAGAGAGUACGGAGUGCUAGAACGUCGAAGAAGCGAAAGACCACUUACCGAGGAAUCAGUUGCCGCACCAAUCCACACAUAA